CCGCGGCCGUGCGUCUUUUUCCCCGCAGUAGUAGCCGUGCCACGAGAGGAAUAUGCCCGUGAUGGGCAACUCUUUACGCGCGGCUGCCCUCCUGGCUUUCGUGGUUCUUUCUAUUCUGGUAUCACUCUUAAUUAGCAGCGUGCAGCAGUUUGGAGCCAAAAUAUCGCACUUUUCCAAUGCAACUCUUUCUGGUGAUGAGGGGGAGUUUGAGUCGCUCCGCGGGGCGUUGAACUCCCAACUCAACGAGAGGCGCAAAGAAAUCAUCCCACUGCUUGUAUUCAAUGGUGAUGAUGAAAACGGACUAUUAAGGGAAAGUCGGCGUUUUCUCCAACAUGACGAAGCACAAGAAUCGACUUUGGAUUAUAAUUUGUGGAAUGAGAUCACACAUGGCUCCAGGAAAGCGCAUAUGGAUGAAAUGGAUUGUGAGUCUCUAGUGGACAUGCAGGCGGUGGAGAUCCUCGGCUCUGGAUACACCAAACUGGUUGUCAAAGUAAAUUUGGCUGGAGGUCAGCCCGUGGCGUUAAAACUGGUCAAUGAAAAGGGCAUAGACAUGGGCAAGUGUGUGGAGGAUUUUAAAGACCCUCAAGGCUGCCGUGAGCUCGUGUCUUACAAGUUGAAGAAAGAAAUGGUGUUGUUGCAGAGACUGCAGCAUCCAAACAUCAUAAAGCUCAGAGGUCAUUGUGCAGGAGAUUCGGGAGGCCAGGGAGGAAGAGGACAAGGGGGAGAAAGAGUCACAGUCAUUCUGGAGCAGGGGAAUCCUCUCCAGAUGAUCCAGCUGCUCCAGAGCCCCUGGGAGGACAGAUUCAGGGUGUGUCUGGACCUGGUCAGGCUCCUCCAUUUCCUCUCCCAUUCUCCACUGGGCUCCGUGGCUCUGCUGGACUUCCAGCCUCGACAGUUUGUUACCGUCUCGGGUGAGCUGAAACUCACAGACCUCGAUGACGCCAGCGCAGAGGAAACGGUCUGUCAGACAGACGCUGACUGCUCCCUCCAGUUUCCGCACCGAAAUUUCACUCUGCCUUGCUCGGCCCAGGGAGUGUGUGAGGGCUUGAAUGAGAAGAUGAACAUUUACAAUGCCUACAGGUAUUUUUUCACCUACCUGCUGCCUCAUCAGGCCCCGCCCGACCUCACACACCUGGUAGACCACAUCAUGAACUCCACAGGGGAGCUGAAAGCUGACAUCAAUCAGACGCUGGAAGCCUUUGAACACAUCCUCCUCCUCUACAAGUCUGGCCUGCACCUGGACAACCUGCCUCCAUCAAUAAUCAGAGAUUACACUGUGAUGCGAGGUAUGGGGACCUCUGGGAACGUGGAGUACCGCUGCUGGCCCUCCUACAGUCAGCAGGGCUGCGUGCUGUCGGUCCACAGCGCCCGAGAGGCAGCGUACAUCUGUAACUCCCAUCCUCACUGCAGCAGCUUCAGUUUAAGUGGACACAAGACGUGGACGGGUCGCCUCCUGGCCUCUUUCAGGAGCGGCUUCAGUCAUCUGGUGCCUGACGAGACAUCCGAGGUGUAUGUGAAGAAAACCAAAACUCCUGAAACUCCAGUGUGACAUGAGGAGCAAACUUGUUUCUGGAGAUAUUAACAGA